UUGUGGGUAUGCAGGAAGUAAACAAACACACGUGAAAGAUGGCGGUUUCAGAGCAGAGAAAGGAGAAAAACGGGGAGGUUUUAAUAGAAUUUAGGGCGUCGUUUUUUGCUAUGAAGCGUCUAACGUCGUUUCCGUGGACUGUGAGUAUGAGACAGCACACAAAAUCACUUGUGUUAGAGAAUGAUGAGUCAGCAGAGUUUAUUUUAGAUCUUCUGAAGCAGACGUGUCUUCAUCCUUUGUGCAGGAGGUUUCCUCCCUCAGUCAGAUACAGAAGGCUGUUUCUGUCUGAACUCAUCAAACGGCAGGAAGCUGCAGCCUGUGAUCCUCUGGAUGAGCUGUACGACGCUCUAGCCGAGGCGCUGGGAGUCGAGGAGACCCCGGAGUGCUACAAGAGCUACUUCCUGCCCAGCGGAGACGCCAUCAGUCUGUUGGAAAACGUGGCUCUGAUCUCCGAGGGAACCACCGGACUCGUGACCUGGGAAGCUGCUCUCUACCUGACUGAGUGGGUUCUGCAGAACCAGCAGGUUUUCACCGGCAGGUCGGUUUUGGAGCUCGGCAGCGGUGUUGGCUUGACGGGCAUUGGCAUCUGUCGCUCUUGCAGCCCAAAUAGAUUUAUAUUCAGUGACUGUCACGCUUCGGUUCUGCAAAAACUCAGAGAAAAUGUACAGCUGAACGGACUGAGCGAGCAGACGUCUCCCUCCGUCAGAGUGGAUGAGCUGGACUGGACGACGGCGUCAGAUGAGACGAUCAGAGACAUCGGGUGUGACACCGUCAUCGCUGCAGACGUGGUGUAUGAUCCCGACGUGGCAGGAAGUCUAGUGAAGCUGCUGGUGAAGAUCCUAAACUGUUCAUCAGCUGAGAGGAAACUGGAGAUCUUUAUCUGCUCCACUGUGAGAAACCCAGAAACGUAUGACGGCUUCAAAUGGCAGCUUGAAACUGCAGGAAUCAGCCACCGUGUGAUGAGUGAACCCGUUCCAAACGUGUUUCCCUACGACAGACUCGCUCCUAUAGAACUGAUCAAAUUGUUCAGGGUUCAGGAAGGCUGAGAGAUCUCAGCAGAGGCAGAACAGUCUGGUCCCAGUUAUCAUCCCAGCACUGGUCCCUGCUGCUGCAGAGCUUUGCCCUGAAAGCUCCCAGUUUACCAUCCAAACUGGGAAAGCCUGACAGGAGAGACUGGAAACGAGAACAUUUGAGACUUUAAAAAUGAAUCUGGGGUCAACUCCGCUGCCUCCUGAGUGUCCGAUGAACAGAAUGAAACCAGGAAGAGUCUAAUUUUGUCUCAAGUUUAACUUAUUAUAAUGUUCAUCGAUUCCUGUGACUCAGGCUGCAGCACAGACCAUCAGACUCUGGGACGGGACAGGAAGAAUGGUUGGGACAAAAAUCUGAAUCAAAAGGUGAGACGAGGACGACUCUGUUGGGACACUUUUACAGGAAGAACUGGAUUAAAACCCCUGAAACUCUUGUUUCCUGGAUCUUAGCGUGUCUGAGAAGGAAUGGAUGAGUUGCCGAACUUUACUGAAUGAUCAGACUUUUACUGGAACGUGUUUCAGCCUGAACUGCAGGAAUGGAUGGAAGUGGUUAAACUAAAUGGAGGUGAUCGUUGCUCCUGCUGCUCUCACCUUUAGCUGUUCAGCAAGCUCCGCCGAGUCUCUGAAGAUCAGUCCGUUCUCAUCGUGCUUCACUAGCUCGGGUAAACUGGAGAGAAAAGUGACAUCAGCUGAACAUCUGGAGCAGAGCAGAGAGGAUGCAGCUGCUUUCAGAUUUCAGCCUGAGGGUAAUUAUAGGAGACCCUCAGCUCUAACAGCUCAGCAGAUGGACGUGCAGAUGUCUGAGCAUGGACUAGAGGUCCAGGAACAGGUCAGUGGGAUUCUCACCUGUUAAAGCUGAUCGCACAAACAGGAAGGCAGCAGCCAAACAUGUCCACCACCUUCAUGGGAAGGUCCAAACCGCUCGACGACUUGUGGAGACAAACUCCUAAAUCUGAAGAACCUGCAUGAGUCAAAGAAAGGAAAACACAAAAUGACUGUUUUCCAUUUUCUAUGACCCAACCGAACUACAGAGGGACACCAGUGAUGUCAUCUGAAGCAAACCUAAUAGGAGUGGAUAAUCCUCAGCCUCCAACCAGGGGGUGCAGAUCUUCACAUGAUCCAAGUGCAGAGAGUCUAUGAGCUUCCUGUAGUGUUCCUUCUGAGGACCCUUACCUGCAAAAACACUUGAUUUAUUACGGUUUAACAGGAUGUCUGUAGCAGUUUCAGAGGAAACAAAAUCAGUUCUGGACAUUUUCUUGCACCUAGAACUGGAACCCAGGAGAGGCCAGAAGCUCGGGUCGGGUGUUUACCUGUGAUCACACAGACCAACGACGGCAACAAAGACCCUCCUCUGAUGUAACCUUCGUAUUCUGCUGAGAACAAACAGAUCAGCAGUGGGAACAGAUGAAACAUGGUUUGGUGUCAGUGAAAAUGCUGUCAGACCUUCUAGAGCCUUAAGCAGGAUGGAGAAGUCUUCGUCCUCUGUGGAGAAAAAAACAUGUUGAAUUAAACCAGAGCAGCGGUGAGAGCUCUGCACGGUGGCAUAAACCUUAAAUCAUCAGGAGGAUCUGAUGAGGGAAACACAAGCAGACAGAAGUUGUUCUGCUGUUUUGAUUGAAGGAGUAAGGAAGCAGGGUCCGACCCGUCCAGCUGGUGCUGCUGACCAGCAGCGCCGGGCGAUCCCUCCACAGAGUCACAGAACCGUCGUUCGGACUACAGACUGUAAAGACGGUCGCCUCUGCUUUUGUUUCCUCGCCGACGGACCUGAGAACAGAUCAGAGGAUCUGGUUUCAGUCACUGAAAAAAACACAGCUGAGCAGAAAUCCACCAGAACGAAUGAAACAUUGAAGCUGAAACGCUCGAGCAGGAACCAGAUAAAAGUGAAACGGGCCACAAAACAAACCUGAGAUCAAUACCAUCAUGUCAGUUAUUUAACAGGAACUAAACCAAAAUACAGAAACUGUAAAUAACAGUGUUGAACGCAGCAGGAGACUAGGCCUUGGCUACACUUCUGUUUCAGUCCUUGUAUCAAAAAUGUUUUGGAGGGCUUUUUUUGUGUGUGUGUGUGUGUGUGUGUGUGUGUGUGUGCUAAACCGGUUGAAAAAGGCUCCUAAACACCUGUGAGGGUCCACGUAUCUCACCCUGGGUGCUGGAACUCAGGAUAAGUGUUGGCGAGUCUACAGAAGAGCUCAUGCUGCAGAUUCAGAGAAGUCUUUCCAAAGACGGAGGCGGGUCGGUCAUGGAGAGUCGUCGCCCUGCCAAAACAAACACGUUAUCUGAUCUGAUGUUUGACCUCACAGGUCCCAGGUGUGUAACGCCAGCUACUGAAGUGAUCUCUAAAGCAAACAUGACAUAUUUGCUACAUUAUCUGUGCUGAUAUUAAAACAUGAUCUGUAAAAA